CCCCAUCCCGCCGUGUCCACAUUCCACGGUGUCCCAAUCCCCUCCAUGUCGCCGUUAACCCCAGUACCCCGACCCCUCCGUCCUGAUCCCCCCCGUGUCCCCAUCGCCAUCCCCAGUGUCCUCAUUCACUCUAUGUCCCGAUCCCACCAUGUCCCCAUCCUCAGUGUCCCCGUUCACCCCGUGUCCCAAUCCCCCUCGUGUCCUCAUCCCCACCGCGUCCUCAUCCCUAGUGUCCCGGUCCUGUCGAGCCCCAGCCCUCUCGUCCCCCCACCCCCAGUGCCCCGAUCCCCCCGUGUCCCCAUCCCCGGUGUCCCCCCGUCCCCGUUCCCACCGCCGUGUCCCUGCCCAGGUCUCACCAUGGCGGGUCGCAGAGCUGCUCUCAAGGCCGUGGACUGGGCGGCCUUCGCCGAGCGGGUCCCCCCGAACCAGCGGCCCAUGUACAACGCGCUCAAGACCCGCAACGACGCCCUGACUGCCCGGUUGGCAGCGCUGCCAGAGAAGCCUCCGGCCAUCGACUGGGCUUUCUACAAGGCUAAUGUUGCCAAGGCUGGCAUGGUGGAUGAGUUUCAGAAGAAGUUCAGUGCACUGAAGGUUCCUGAGCCAGUGGAUACCCAAAGUGCCAAGAUUGAUGCCCAGGAGAAGGAAGCUGCCAAGAGCACUGCUGAGUAUGUUCAGGCUUCCAAAGCUCGGAUUGCCCAGUAUGAGCAACAGCUCCAGAAGCUCAAGAGCAUGAUUCCCUUUGAGCAGAUGACGUUUGAAGACUUGCAUGAAGCCUUCCCUGAAACCAAACUGGACAAGGAGAAAUACCCAUACUGGCCCCACAAGCCCAUUGCUGAUCUGUAAACCAGUCUGGGAGCUGUUCAACGACUGUCAGACUCGAUGAUCUUAUAAAUAAAGAGCUUUCCCUCCUGUCUGUGGCUUA